CCUACAGGUAUUACUGAAGCAGCUGUUCAUGUAUCAUAACUUUUUAUUAGUAUAAAAUACUCGUACAAUUUUGAAGGAAUGGUAAGUAUAAACGUGCAACAAGAAGUUUCUGUCUCUUAAUAUCAUUAGAAAGCAGCUGUCAACAGUUUGUUUUUCUCAUUUUGUUUUAAAAAUGCAAUGACGCUGCAGCUUAUGUGCAUAUAAAAUAGUAAUCCAAGCAACUGAAACGCAAAAUACUUAGUUUGCAGCAUUCAUUUCGCUAUUUACAUUUAAAAUCAAUUUUUCCAUUGUAUUGUAAAAGCUUUUUUUUUUUUGCAUUUAGCUGCAAUGUUUCGAAUAUAAUACAAAUGAUAUUAUAUAAGGGGCCUCCGUGGCCGAGUGGUUAAGGUCACUGACUUCAAACCACUUACCCCUCAUCGAUGUGGGUUCAAGCCUCGGGACGUUGAAUUCUUCAUGUGAGGAAGCCAUCCAGCUGGCUUACGGAAGGUCGGUGGUUCUACCCAGGUGCCCCCUCAUGAUGAAAAUAUGCACGAAGGGGCACCUGAGAUCUUCCUUCACCAUUAAAGCUGGAAAGUCGCCAUAUGACCUAUCAUGUGUCGGUGCGACGUUAAAUCCAACAAAACAAACAAAACUGAUAUUAUAUACUGUCAAUUUUACACAGUAAACAUACUUUGACCGCCAUUAUAUCUGAUAAAUCUUUUGAAGUUUACUAAAAUUUCUUCAUUGAAGUGUCUGAAUGAUGAAAGGGUCAUGAAAGGAUAUCAAAAUUAUGUUUAUAUGUCAUCCACUUUUUGCACUAGUGGUAAAACUUACUUUGACAUAAACCAGUAUGGUAACAUCUACAUUUGUGCACGGUGAACAUUUACAGUGAAAAUAAAGUGCGUGAGUACAAUAGAAAUUAUUAUAUGAAUAAAAAUUGUGUAAUAUUUACUAAGCUGUAGGAUUGGGAGUACCAAAGUCUGCAUAAGGUAAAUAUAAAAUAUUUAUUUUGACCGUAUCCCAUAGUAUUAGAUAUGCAUAUGAAACCGAAUGUUUUAUCACUCACUGAACUAGCUUAUAAAUAAACUUAAAAAGUGGAACCUUUUAACUGAAUGACUGAAAAAUCGAGAUCUGAUAUUUUCUUAAACAUGUCGUCCUAAGUAGGGGUCCGAAAUAGAUGCAAUAAUUUACGUAAUGAUAUUUGUAACAGUUUUUAUUGAGGGGAGGAGAUUGCGGUAUGUGGUAUUUAAGAUCAUACAAAUUAGUCAAGCUACAGCCCUGUAUUUACUUCUGAAAUUUACAAAUCUACAAAAUACAGUUUACUAAUAUAUGCACAAACACUGGCAAUAGCUUCAUACCCUCGCCUGAUCUUACUUUGUUUCUUUCGAUCCUUUAUCCCCCAUUUUUAGGCUUUGAUUGCAAAUGUUGCUUAGCGCAAUGAACAGAGUGAGUGUGCCACGCUACGCCCCCUGGGGUGACCUCUACAGGCUGAUAUUUUCGGAUGGAAUAUUGAACACUUAUCUGAAAUGCGCAUUUUGAACAACCGUAGUAGCCUACGAUACUGACAUAUCUCACAUACGUCACACAGUUGUGACGUCGUAGAUAUAUGCUUGUUCCAUAGUUUUUAUAACACAUCUAUUCGAAUAAUUCUUUCCAAACCGAGAUCAGAUUUUUGAAGAACGGUUGGUAAUUCAUACAGCUAAGGCAAAACAAAACCUGGUUACCAAAACUAGUCGCCUUGCAAAAAAUCCACCGAGGCUACUGAGGCAGAAAAAAACUCACCGAGGCAGAGGAGGCAGAAAAAUUGACCGAGGCAAGUGACUCGGUUGCCUCAGUAGUCGCUACGGCCAUGGUUUUGUAAUAAUUAUUACUAUUUGAGUAUCCCUAUUGAUUUUGUAAGCAAUUUUUUUCACUUUUAUGUAAAUAGUUAAUGCCAAAUUGUCAUAAGUAUGACACAUUACGUUUUCACAUCCUUCACUUUUAUUCACAUAGUGAACCUUAGAACUAUGGCAUAAAUGCGUUUCAACUGACUCAUUUUUUAAGUAUCAUUGUGUAUGUUAUUGUCAACUGAAGAAGCUUAUUAAAGCGAAACAUGUUUUGACAAAACUGUGUUGGUUUAUGAAUUUUCAAAAUCAUUUCAACUGACUCAGACAUUUUCACGUUAGUGUUUCUUUACAUUAAACUUAUUAGACAAGUAGAAUAAAAUUAUGCGGAGCAUUCAUCGAGUUUAAAAAUAUCACUCUGAAAAGUGUAAUAUUCUUUUUAUCACCUGUGAGCUUUCCGUGCUGAAACAUCAGAUUGUCUUCUUUAUCUGUCUAUGAUAGACCAAGUCAAUUCGACCGACGACUUAAAACGACGUCAAGUCAAAACUUUAUUACACUAGUGUAAUACCAAAAUUAUGUAAUGGAUCUAUUUUACGACGUCAGACACACGGGUAUGAAACGUUGCCUGCGGCACAAAAUGUGCCGCACUGAAACGAAGGCACCGCGCUUCCGACGGCGCAGGCAUUGCGCAGGAUGUUUACAAAAAUAACGAGCAAUGCGAGUAAAAUUGAAAGUUUUUGGUUAUUGUCUUUUUCCAGUAAAAGCUUUUUAGAAAUCGGGGAAUGCAGCGGGAUGUAGUUGUGUCUUGCCGACAAAUCCAUGCGCAGUUUGUGAAGAAAUAUGUAAUAUUGUUUAUUUUGCGCGUGUUUUUCAUCGGAUACAGUAACAUGAAAAUUACAAAUGAAAACGAUCACAUGAUAGUACUUUAAUUUUUCAACGGAAUUUCAUGUUAACUAGAUCCAAUGCUUUUCUAAAAUCAAAAGAAUACAGCAUCAGUUAUCUCUACAAAAAAAAUCCUGAAAAUUAUCAACAAGGUUAGCAUUAAAAAACAACAUUGGUUUCUUUACUCUAAAGUACUUUACAAACGCCAUCUUUGUAUUUUGAAAAUUUGAUUCUGGAGGAUUUUUGUAAUAUAUAUAUUUAUGAAAUAUGCAUAAAAAUAAAGGUAUAAUGUGGUUAUUUGACAUUGCUGAACGAAGUUGUGUUAUUCUAUCAUCUAUUUAACAUUUUGCAAAUAGCAAUACUAAACGCCAUACUUUAACAAUUUAAAUGGUUCUCGUUUAAUUUUUCAUAAAGGUUUCGUAUUUGUGCAGUUUCGUUCCUUUCAUUCUACGACGAAUAAUUACAACAGAAAUCUUUCAUAUAAAUCAUCUGUAAUGCGUUAUUAAGUAGUCUGAUUUGCAAACUUAAGUCACGUGGCAUGGAUUAGUCCAUGUCACGAAUUUGUUCUUAGUAAUGCAUUCGCCGAAAAACAACAUACUGACCAGUUUGUCCAAUGAUGAAAUGAUGAACUAUUUGACGAUACAUGGAUCUCCGAUCUUUGGAAGCAUAAAUUUUAUAACAAGUACGAAAGUUACUGCAAAAUGCAGCAAAAGGAAACUCCACGCCAAACAAAGAAGUGUACGUAGUGCUGAUAGAACAUGAGAUGAUAUAAUGAUACUGGUGUCUUCGUUGAAGACCCUAGGCAAACAGUCAGUCUCUUGGGGUUUUCGUGAAUGUUGGAGAAAAAGCACUGCCUUUGUAGUCGGCGUUUGCUUGACCUAAAAAAACAGCUUAGUGGACUGAAGUCAUUGAUGAUUUCUUGUGUAAAUGUGUAAAAUGGUUUCAUCAUAGAUGAUAAUGGGCGUUUGAAAUGUACCUACGUAUGAUGACACGUUAGGACGAUACGAAACAGCAUGGCGAGACUGACAUGUAUGCAGAUGGUUUUGACGGCGGGUAUGCUUGUUACAGGGAGUAUUAAUACACUGUGCAAAAAGGCCCAAAACGAUUGUGUAGUGAAGGGUUACAAGUCUAACGAGCAUAGUUUUAACCAUCCUUGGUUUCAAACUUGGAUGCUGUGCACAGCACAGGCGUUGUGUUUGAUAGGAUUGCCUAUACAAAGAAGAAGGAACUUGCAAGAAUACAGGAAAGAAAUCGCCAAGAACGAGGUUAAAGAUGUGCAAAUCAAAAUUGAAACAGGACCUCCAGUUCAUGCAAGACUGUGUCAAUGGAUUUUGAUUAUACCAAGUUGUUGUUCCCUAAUCUCAACAUCUCUGUGCGGUAUUGGCUUACUUUAUGUUGAUGCUUCCAUCAUGUUGAUGCUCAGAGGAUCGGUUAUCAUAUUUACAGGAAUUUGUUCCGUAAUAUUCCUGAAAAGGAAAUUGAAAGUAACGCAUUGGUUAGGUAUGAUUAUUGUUAUAGUCGGUUUAGUGUUAGCUGGCUGUUCAAGUGUGUUAAAAGGUCAAGGUCACAAAACAAUCGGUGGGAAUACAAUUACAGGUAUAAUACUUAUCGUUGUUGCUCAGGUCAUAAUAGGAGGUCAAAUCACUCUAAAGGAGGCAGUUUUAAAAAAGAGGAACUUACAUCCACUGCACAUUGUUGGCAUGGGCGGCAUAUAUGGAUUUACAUUAAUGUCUUUUAUCGUGUUGCCUGUUCUGUAUUUCAUACCUGGUGAUAAUAUACAUGGAAGUUACGAGAAUAGUAUUGAUGCACUGUACCAGAUUUCAAACAGUUACCAACUUAUGAUAUUAUGUCUUGUUUAUAUAACGUCUGUAGCAUUCUACAACUACUUUUCCAUGGCUAUAUUAAGAACACUUACCGCGGUGCACAAAACGUUGAUAGAUGCUUGUAGGACCGUAUUCGUUUGGGGAGUUGGUCUAACCAUCUACUAUGGUUUUGAUAAGAACUUUGGAGAGCCUUUUGACAAAGCGUACGGGAUACUUCAAGUUGAUGGUUUCUUAUUUCUGAUGAUCGGUACAGCAAUGUAUAACCAGCUUUUAGACCUGAGAAAUUUUUUGCCAUGUUACAGUUUCCAGUCAGAGGAAAUUAGAGAUGUUCCUUAUGGAUUUAAUCAGCAAAGCACAAAACAAGAUGUUACUUACAAUGUCGAGAAAAGUGAUAAUGAAAAUACAAAAUUGUUGACCGAAAGAAAUUAGUUACAAAUGUGAAAGCAAAAGAAACUUCUUGGCUCUCGACAUGCUCGGCCUACACAUGACUAUAGCCUGUUGAUAGACAAUAUGCAUACACAUAAAAAUGUUGUUGUUUUUUUAAACACAUCUAUUUAAUAGUUUCAUCUCUGCCAUUAUCAUUAUGCAUGGAUGAAGUAUUUCCCGGAUCAUUGUGAUAUUAUUGUUGUGAUAUUGCUUUCAAUCAUUAUGUUACCUGCCUCUUACGAAACUGUUUCUGUCGUUCUCACGGAUGACAUGGUGUCUAUGGUAUAAAUACUCACAUAAUCCGAGUUUUAGUUUUCAUGCUUUUAACUAAAUUACGAUGAGAUGAAUUAUUUAUCAGUAUAUCACGUUGUUAUAAUUUAUUUCUUUACCUUGCUGCACGACAGAGUCUGGUGUUAGUGAACUGAAUUCAAAAGUGUUCUUUUUUAUUCAUUGUGUGACUUUCAUACAGGUUAUUCAUUCAGAUAUUAGAUACUUCUAUACAUUGCAUAUUCAUUUGUUUAAACUUUGAACAUGAAUAUGUAUUACUUGCAUGCUAUUAAAAUCAUGUGCUUAAUCGAUAUUUAUGUAGUAAAUUUUUCCUCUU